ACUUUUCAGACCACUACCAAGGUGCUAAGUUGGAAUGUAUUGUAAACGAAUACAACUUCAAGUUAGGUUGCUUAGUUAGGGACAGGUACUCAAUUUGCAGCCACGAUGUCGUCUGACAAAAUUUUAUCCCCAAUGGAAGAUGAAGAAUUAGUGCAAUUGUUCCAAUCUGAAAGUUUCACUAAUUGCAUGAGGCGUGUGCUUCAUUUGGAUGUCACUGAGCAGCUGAUCCAGCGCACUUUAAAAUCCUUCUCGAAAGAAUCAAAAACAUCAACCAAUGAGAAAUGUCACAGAACUGCCAAAGAACUUAGAAUUGAGGGCAAUAAAUAUUUCAAAAAUAAAAAUUUUGAGAAGGCUCUUGAUCUAUAUAACAAGGCCUUAACCUUCUCAGACUUGAAAGUUGAUGAGGAUGGAGUAGGAGGGAGUGGAGAAAACAGUGAAUAUGUCCUCUGCCUGGCCAACAGGUCAGCUGUCCACUAUCAUCUUCAUCAUUAUCAGUUCUGCAUUAAUGAUGUGCAAAACUCUCUGGGUCAUAACUACCAGCCUACCCACAAGCUGAUACUGAGGAGAGCGCAGUGCUUCUUCCAUCUCAACAACUUCUCUGAAGCAAAAAAUGAUCUCAUGGUGCUGAAGAUGGCUCCUCAAAAUGGCGCCAAACCGGAGGAAGUAGAUGAUUGGUUGAGGAAAAUUGAACUGCAGCAGCAACAGAAGCAGCCACAACAACCACAGCAUCAUCAUUUACAACAACCACGAAAUGAACAUACACAAGAAGAAAUUUUAAAAGUGAAGGGAGGUAAGAGUGAUGUGCUUAUGCAGGCGUCACGCUGUGUUUGUGUGCAGUUUUCAGAGGAGAAGACAAGAUAUCUUGUGGCGAGGGGUGAGUUAGAGGAGGGAGAUGUGCUGAUCAUGGAACGACCUUUCGUCUGUCUCCUCCUCCCACCCUACUACCACUCCAGAUGCUUCAACUGCCUCGGAGAUCUGGAAAAUUUCUAUCCUUGCUUAACAUGUAGGAGAGUGAGGUACUGCAGUGGGGAGUGCAGGAGUGAAGCAUGGAGGUCACACCAUCACAUUGAAUGCCCGUAUAUGGAGAUGUUGGAGAGUGGCUGUCAACAUCAAAGUAUCAUUAACUCCGAUACUGCAUCGCACGGUACUUUUUCAGUACUGGCUGUGGUAUCGGUGAUACCUUUGAUACCAAGUAUCAAACUCGAUACCUUUGAGUGUCAAACAGCAUCAGUGCUGCUGAGAUGUUUGGAAGAGAGUUCAUUCUUUGAAGGUUACAAAAAUCUGGAAGAGGAUUAUGAAGGUUUCAGAGCGUUUAUUGGGGGCUUGUUACUGAGGCACAUAUGCCAGCUGAUAUGUAACGCGCACGCUGUGAAUGACCUUGAACUGACCCAGUUAGCUAGCUCCUCAUUGGUUGAUUCAGAACAGCAGGUGAGGAUAGCAACGGCUAUCUACCCAACAGCCAGCCUGAUGAAUCACUCCUGCGAUCCCAACACCAUAUCCUGUUUUCACGGAGACACGUUGCUAGUUCGAGCUCUGAAGAGAAUUAAACCCGGCGAAGAAAUAUUCAAUUGCUAUGGACCUCAUUACAAGAGAAUGAGUAGAAGUGACCGGCAGGAAGCACUUCUCAGUCAGUACUCGUUCACCUGUUUGUGUACAGCGUGCGAACGUGAGAACAAACAUCAUGAUGAUGAUGAUGACGACGAUGAUGAUGAUGACGAUGAUCUGAAACAUGUUUCUACUAUCGCCCCUUGCGAUGAUGUGUUUAUCUGUAAGAGCUGUCAGGGGAGGUUGGUGCGAUGUAGUCAUCAUCAUCAUCACCACCGACAUUCUCCUACUCAUAAAUCAUCAUCUAAGCAGGCCAGCAGUGGAGAUAGUAUCAGUGAUAACGUUAUCAGUAGUAGAAAUAUUAGUAGCACUGAUGAUGGGGAUGAUGAUAGGAUGGUUAAAUAUGUAUGCGUGGAUUGUAAGACUGGUGCAGAUGAGAACCAUUCCAAGUUGAUAAGUAAGAACUUUGACGAGUCCAACGCGUUGUUUGAACUGGCGAACGAUCACCUACGGCGAGGAAAUACCGAUGAGGCAUACGGCUUGUUCGAAAGAUGUUGCUCGUUGAGGAAGGCAAUAUACCAGCCAAUGAGCAUUCAGGUUGCAAAUGUGUUGGAUGCUCUCGCCCAAUCAUCUUCUAUUAUUGGUGACUUUCCCACCUCACAAAGUUACCUCAAGUGCAGUUUGUCGAUAGUGGAGCACGUGUACGGUAGGAAGAGCAUUGAACACGCCAAUGAAGUGAGGAAGUACUCGGAAGUUUGCUGGCAGGCUGGCUCGCUGGAGGAGGCCAGAGAUUCUGCUGGGAAGGCGCUGAGGAUGUUUGAAGUUUUGUACGGACAUGAGCACAAAAGUUGUCAUGAACUACGAAAUGCCAUAGCGUCGAUGAAUUUCUGCCUUUCAUGAUAUUUUUUAUUUUUAACUUUCUAUACUUUGUUGGCUGAAUUUUUAUAAAAAUUUUAGUUGUAGUUGUAGUAUACAUAGAAGAAUGUAAUAGAAGUCCACAAAUUUGGUGCGUUCAAUAAAACUCGAUGAUCAUAGCAUAGGAAUGAUCAAAUAAACUUUCCGUCGAUUAGUUCGAUUUAAAUCAAUAACUAAAUAAAUACUAAACAGUACAAUAAAUUGACACAAACUGGACAAAAUAUAUUUAAUUAAAAUUU